UUUCCCAGGUAAUUCGUUCUGAUACGUAGGAUCAAUCAUGAGCAAAGUCGUUGGACCAAGCCUCUACCGCCUUGUGCCGUCGAAAACAGUCUUUCUGCUGUGCGACGUCCAGGAGAAGUUCAAGCCGGCGAUUCCGCUGCUGAGUUCGCUCAUCGAGAACACUGCCAAACUGCUGGCGGCCGGCAAGGUCUUCCAGGUGCCCCUGCUGGUCACCGAGCAGUACCCCGAGAAGCUGGGCAAGACCGUCUGUGAGCUGGACGUCGGACAUGCCUGCGCCAAUGUGGCGAAGACCAAGUUUUCUAUGUUGGUGGAGCCCGUGCGUCAGCGCAUGACUGAUAUCUUCGGAGGCAAGCCCAAGACAGCGGUCCUGUUUGGCCUGGAGACCCACGUUUGCGUGGAGCAGACUGCAUUCGACCUGGUUAACGAGCAAAUCGACGUCUGGCUGGUGGCCGACUGCUGCGCUUCGCGUCUCAAUCAGGACAGGGACUUGGCUCUGGAGCGCCUGCGCCACAUUGGCUGCACCAUCUCCACCUCCGAGAGCGUGAUUUUCAACCUGCUGUCGGACAAGGACAACACGGCCUUCAAGGACAUUGCUCCUCUGGUGAAGAAGGUGUCCGCGGAUAUGCAGAUCUGGCGGCCCUCAAAAAAUUAAUUUAGGCGGCUCUUUUCAUGUACUUGCGGGCAGGGCAGUAAACCAU